AUUGCAAGACGCACAGCGACGGUCAGCUCAGUUCGAUCAGAACAAUGAAGUCGCUUACUUUUGUGCUGUGCCUCGUGGUGCUUGGCGCCCACUCGCUGCUGGUUCUGGCCGCGGAUUGCGAGAUAGAUGGUCAUCAGUUGAAAGCGGGUGAAUCGUACAAGCCAAAUGGUCGAUGCAUACAGUACACCUGCAAGGCACCCAAACAGAUGAUGGGCGUUAAUUGUCCUCUGGAGAAUAGUCUGAAGCCGUGCAAGCUGGUUGGCGAUGUAACGAAACCAUUUCCCGAAUGUUGUCCCAAAUUUCAAUGUUGAUUACAAUAAAUUUGCAUUGCUAAUGUGGUAAUCACUUCACUUACAAA